AUGUUUUCCAUGCCUCGACUAACCGAAGGUAAUAGUGUUCAUCAAGAAACUGGAAAUAAUGAUAAUGAUGCCAGCCUACCAUCCACUUCAAGAUCAGAGCAGAAUUUUCAGUUGCCUGAUGAAGAGAAUUCUACUACAAUGUCUAAUAGAUCCAAGGCUGUUGUAUCUUCUGAUGAUGAACCACUGUCUACCAGUGCGCGCAGUACAAAUACACAGAGCACGAGUGCUUUGUCAACUGAAGCUUUGGAUAGUGGAUUACAAACUGGAUCCCAAAAAAGAAAACGCAAAUAA